AUGUCCUUCCCGGUCGCAGGCAAGAAUGCAAUCGUCACAGGCGGCGCAUCAGGCAUCAACCUCGCCUUCGUCAAGCUCCUCGUCAGCAAAGGGGCCAAUGUCAUCGUGGGCGAUCUUCAAGAGUCUACCGCGUUAAAGGAACUCGCCAAAGAGCCACGCCCGACGAAGCUGUUGUUCCAAAAGACCGACGUGUCCAACUGGAGCGAGCUCGAGGCUCUGUUCAAACGGGCACAGACCGAACUCGGUGCUCUCGAUAUUGUGUGCAAUGGUGCUGGCGUCUUUGAACCGUCAUGGUCCAACUUUUGGACCGACACAGAGACAGAGAGUUACAAGUCCCUGGACAUCAACCUCGGGGCCCUCAUCAAAGGCACGCGCCUGGCCAUCCGCGACCAAAUCACCCGCUCCAAGGGCCGCAAAGCCGGCGGCACGGUCGGCGUGAUCCUCAACAUCUCCUCCCUGGCCGCACAACGCAUGCUGUUCAACCAGCCCAUAUACAGUGCGGCAAAAUCGGGCGUGUCGGCCAUCGUAAGAUCUCUCGCUCCCUUACACGAGGAGUUUGGCAUCAAAGUGGUCGCCGUCGCCCCGGGGAUGGUGUACACGCCGCUGUGGUCCGAUCACCCGGAGAAGCUCAAGGCGGCGACGGAAAAGGACGUCUGGAUCACCCCCGAGGAGCAGGCGGCCGUCAUGCUGGAGCUGGUCGAGAACGGCGAUUACGAGGGCGGCACCGUCUUGGAGACGCUGAAGAAUUUUACCCGGAGGGUCUACAUUGACAGUCCGAUGCCCGAGGGGCCCGGCUCGACCAUUUCUAACCUGGAUUCAAUCACGCAGGACACCAUUGCGCUGUUGGAGGCGGAGCGGACGGGCGGGAAGGUGAAGAAUGGCGUGUAG